GAUGGCGGACGACAAGCCAGCUGAACCCUUUGAACUUCUUGAACAAACCAUCGAACAAUUUAUGGAAUCUACUAGACAAAUUGGCAUCAUUGUUAGUGAUUUUCAACCUGGAAGUCAAGGAGUAUUAAAUCAAAAAAUUAAUAUGAUGGUUGAUAACAUGAAAGAGAUCGAAAAGUGUAAAGCCCUUGUGAAGGAUGUAGAGGUUCCUCUGGAAGUAUUUGAAUAUAUCGAUCAAGGGAGAAAUCCACAACUUUAUACAAAAGAUUGCUUGGAAAAAGCUUUAAUAAAGAAUGAACAGGUCAAAGGAAAAAUAGAUUCACUCAAGAAUUUCAAGACACUACUAACAGGAGAACUGACAAAAGCAUUUCCAAAAGAAAUGAAAGAAUAUCAAGAGAUCAAAAACAGCCAAGGGACAUGACAUCCUGAAAUACAGAAUUGUAGAUUAAUAUGAAAUAUGUAAAUAAUAGUAAAUUUUGUAAAUAAACAAGUGAUGCAAAUGAA